GCGAGCAUCUCAGUUCAGUGUCCCCCCCAGCCCUGGCUCGCCAUAUGAUUUCUCCUAAGGGAUAACCGCUGAGCGGGACCACAUCUCCAAGCUGAUCCUUUGCUGAUAAGCUGGCUGCCAGGUCUCCAGCGCUAAGACAAAAGAAUUUUUCUAUUCCCAGCAGGUUUUUUUGCUGUGAAUGACAGAAGAAGAGGGAAAAGCAAGCUGCCAGGCACUCCUCGCAGGCAAGAGGCUUCGGGGGCUCCUUCCCCCCCACUGUGCUGGCAGACCAUGGAGCUUUUCAGGCUGAGCCUGGGCUGUAUUUGCCUCCUUCCUUGGCUUGAGGUAGCAGGGGAACAAGGCUUCCUCAUAAGGAACACCCGGCUGGAAAAGUGCAUUCACACCUCCCACCACGAGACCAACGGCAUCAGCCUGAGUGACUGCAAGGAGAACUCCCAGCAGCAGCAGUGGAGCUGGGACCCCGCCACCAGGACCAUCGUCAGCCUUAAAACAAAGCAGUGCUUGUCGGCCCACAAGAUGCGGGAGUAUGCCCCGGUCAAGCUGGAGCCCUGCGGGGACUGGGAACGCCAAGCAUGGUCCUGCAGCAAGAAAGGACACUUGACUCUGCAGAGCUUGGGCUUCCACCUCAGCACCAAGGAAGGAGGCCACAAGGUCUUUGUCUCAAGGGAGAAGGACAAAUUCAGCAGGUGGAAGACUUUAGCGGAUGAAACAAUCUGUGCUGCUGCCCAGACAGCAGCUCUGAGGCCCAGCAAACCAACACAACAAGCCAUAGACACACGGGUGUGGACCUAUGAAACUAAAACCAUUGAUUCAUCAAAGAUCGAUGCUGUGAACAGAGAAUCUUCUGUGAGCUUGACUGACCCACCUCUGGGUAACAAAUUUAACAGCACAGUGCCUCCAGUGAAGACCAAACAGGCAUACCAUCCAGCAAACGACGAUGUGUCCCACAAUCACUCUAAAAAGCACCAUGGAAAUCGAGGGAAAAAUGCUGGGGCCAGGCUUGCAGGCACCAACUGGAAGACGGCCAUGCUGGUCCUCAGCCCCUUGGCAUUCAUACUGGGAUUAAUAAUACUGACACUCAAUGUUCAUUACAACAAGAAGAAGAAAAUCCUCUCUGCUCUGAAGAGCUCCCCAGCCAACAGCAGCAGAGCUGACUUACGGGAGCCGUCUCCCUUACGAAGAGGUCCUCAGCCAUCUCGCUCCCCUUCCUUGAGGCGUGGAGAGAUCCUCAUUGAGUGGAAAGAUGGGACUGUCACUCCUCUUUUUGAUAACGCCAAUUAUCAAAUGGACUAGCUCUGAAAUGAUGGAGCUGUUGUUCCAUCCUGUGUCACUCUUCCCACCAGGAAGAGUGUCACCAUAGCCAAUCUCCUCCCUGCCCUUGCUGUUUUGACAGGGAGUUGUAAGCACUGUUUGGUUUUUUUUUUAACACUUGAGAACAAUCUCCUUGCACAGCACGAGGUUGAAGCAAGCAGAGCAGAUUGUUUGGUUUGUAUAGGCACAUGCUGCUUAGCUCUUCCAGAGCUGAUAUAACUCGUAACAAAACCUAAAUUUAGCUAAAUGAAGCUGAGACUCUCACCAGCUGCAACUGUCCAUUGCCCUGAAAUUAUAGAGUUACUGAGCAUAUGAGAAAGUAAAUCCUUGGAGACAAGCUGUAAGGUGAAAAACAGAAGUCCUGAUGAUCCUUAAAUCCUUUUUAAGACACAACUAGCUGCCAACAG